UUAAUGUGGGUAGUCCCGAAAUUAAAUUAAACAAAUAGUUGUUUGCUUAUUUGUUGGCAUAUUAAAAAUGAUAAUAUAUACUAGUAUUAUUGAAAAAAAGACUUGCAGUGUAUAAAAUAACUAGUACUCUGUAGUAAUUAUGUGUAAUGCCCCCGUGGGUCUGUCUAAUGGGUGGUGGGAGCUGAAACAAGGCUGGUGGUGGCAUUUUCUUGUCAUCCUGAUACAAGUGACUGCAUGUGAUGUCAGCUAAAUGUAGGAGACAGUGAUCUCUCGCUGAUGAGGAUGCACGCGAUCAAAAUGUGACAGUGUAACCACACAGCAAUACUUAGAUACAUCUGUCUCUUCGCUUGAGAAAAAGGUAAACUUCUAUAAUGUUGAUUCUUCUGCCAAGUUUGCAAUCAGAUUUUAAGAUUCAGAAAUGAUGAAUAUGAAUGUAGAGGGGUUUUACUAACAAGUUCUGCAAUGUCCUGUUAAUUUUGUGUGUGCCACUAAUGAGCAUUAAUCUGGUACCCCUGGGUGCCAUUGUUCAGGGGAUGUUCAUUUGAAUUUAAAUGGGUGACAUUGUAAAAGCAAGGUGCUUAUUAAACUGAUGUGUGUCCUGGCUUUUCUGGAAUGCAGGAAGGGAAGACUGGGUGGCUAGUAGGCUGCUGCUCACAUCAAGUUCUGCAAGGAUGGCGAGUUCUCUUCCUUUGGAAACAGUGAUGCCCUGUCCAAGGCGCGAGCCCAGGAAUGGAGCUUCCGCCACCCCAAAGGCGCUGGCCUUCUCUAUCGAACGAAUUAUGUCAAAGACUUCCGAUACAAAAAGAUCCUUGGAAGAAAGACAUGGUCCGGGGAAUUCAGAUGGAAAGAAGAUAGUCAGUCUUUGCUCACCUAUACCCUGCAUGAUUCCCAUCCAACCUUUAAGCUACGACUUUCAAACCAAGACGCUGAUGAACUAUUCCGAAUUCUGGAAAGCAAACUUUAGGGGAACGGUUUGCAGUUCAGCCGCAAUGUGCAAAUCGAGCUGUGGCGUGUGUUGUAAAACCGACUCAGGUUUUGUGCAUUCACUAUUGCCAAGCAGCAGGGUUAUCAAGCCUCAAGUAAUUCACCAAACAGUAACAAUGCCAGCCAACGGAUCUCUAUAUUAUUUUAACUAUUUGGACUCCUCAUAUCACCCAUCUGAUCUUUUAAGCGGACAUUUAUUCCCUUCCACCAUUGUCAGUUCCCAGUCACAAACUUCGCUUUCUGCGCACCAGAAAUUACUUUUGUUGGAGAAUGCCAAGCUUGCCAGUUUGACAACGGAGACGUUUCCUACACCUCAGUUUCCACAUAAAGAACACCUACCGGGACAGUUAGAUCAGAUUGUGAAGGAAAACAACAGUUUGACAUCAGAAAAGAACGGCGUGAAACCGCACACUAAAUUAAGCAACUCUUCUGAUGGAAAAUCUAAAAAUUUCACUUGCGAAGUGUGUGGCAAGGUGUUUAACGCACAUUACAAUUUAACACGUCACAUGCCAGUACACACAGGAGCCAGGCCGUUUGUGUGUAAAGUCUGUGGGAAAGGGUUUCGCCAAGCCAGUACUUUGUGUAGGCACAAAAUUAUUCACACACAGGAAAAACCACACAAAUGUAAUCAAUGCGGGAAAGCCUUUAACCGAAGCUCAACAUUAAACACGCAUAUACGGAUUCAUGCUGGAUACAAACCAUUCGCAUGCGAAUUCUGUGGAAAGGGCUUUCACCAAAAGGGAAACUACAAGAAUCACAAACUGACGCACAGCGGCGAAAAGCAGUAUAAAUGUACAAUUUGCAACAAAGCCUUUCAUCAGAUUUAUAAUCUGACUUUUCAUAUGCAUACUCACAACGAUAAGAAGCCGUUUACCUGUGUAACCUGUGGGAAAGGCUUCUGUCGAAACUUUGAUUUGAAGAAGCAUAUUAGAAAACUGCACGAUAACAACACCUCCUCUUCAGUUCCAAGAGCGGUGCAAGGCUGAAUUCUUCUCAAACCACGUAAAAUGGACAUGAUAUGCAUGGACAAAGCUGUCGUGUAGUUUAUUAAACAUGUCUAAAAUGAUUACAACGCAGGAAUGCCAGAUCAUCUUAAAUACUUUGCUUUUUAAGCCAGAACAUGUACGCUGUAUUGGCAUGUAUAUAUUACAUUGUAUAAAUUGCUAUUAUUUAAAUCGAGUUGUAUCGCAUUUCUGUGUUUUGUAAUGUACUUGUUUAUAAGCAGUGGGAUAUAAUGUACGUGUAGAAUUGUUGUUUUCUUUCGAUAUAGUUUUAAAUUUAAGGCCUACGAGUGUGUUUGGAAAUUAUUACAAUAAUUGACAUUUAUAAAUACAUUUCAUAAAGUAUCUUACAACCUUAAUAAAAUAUGCUAAGUUUAUUCACAGCUUGGAAGUCUUCUUAAUAUAUUAUUUUGAGUUUUCUGUUUGGUUUUACAGCCUGAACGACUUUGUGUUAUUUAUAAGAUUAUAAUUGCAUAAUUAAGUAAAACCCACUGUUCAUGUUAUUUUGUCAGGUGCACGAAAACUAGCAAAUUUAUGGACAUAGACCUUGGUCUUAAGUGGAGAUCAGCUUCAAAUGUGUUAAAGAAUAUAUUAGUUUUAAUCGAUAUUGUUAAAAUACAAAUAUGUUCACUUUAAAAGGUAUGCUAAUGGCUUAAUUUUUCGCAUAUCCAAUUCUACACCUUUAUG